CCCUAUAAAUACCUUAAUCGUCUUCCCGUCUUUUUCCAGCUCUAUCGUUCGUUUACCUCUGCCGAGUUCUCGCCGUGCUUCACUCUUCAGAGUACACCCUCUGUGUUCCCCAAUCUGAGAUCUCUUGAUGAUCUGAUGGAAAAUAAGGGAUCCGAACCUAGAGGUACUAAGAGGGAUUACAGCACUGCAAUCCUCGAAAAGAAAAAGGCCCCGAAUCGUCUGAUCGUUGACGAGACUGUUAAUGAUGAUAAUUCCGUUGUCUCCCUGCAUCCGCUGACGAUGGAAAAGCUGCAGAUGUUUAGAGGGGAUACCAUCCUAUUGAAAGGGAAAAAGCGAAGAGAUACAAUUUGCAUUGCACUUGCUGAUGAUACUUGUGAAGAGCCUAAGAUUAGAAUGAAUAAGGUUGUGAGGUCCAACCUUAGGGUGAAGCUUGGCGAUGUGGUUUCUGUUCAUCAAUGCCCGGAUGUCAAAUAUGGAAAUCGUGUUCAUAUCUUGCCUAUUGAUGAUUCCAUUGAAGGUGUUACAGGGAACUUGUUUGAUGCUUAUUUGAAGCCAUAUUUCAUGGACGCGUAUCGUCCUGUAAGAAAAGGAGAUCUAUUUCUUGUUAGAGGAGGCAUGAGAAGCGUUGAAUUCAAGGUUAUAGAGAUUGAUCCAGCAGAAUACUGUGUUGUAGCUCCAGACACAGAGAUCUACUGUGAAGGUGAACCUAUAAAGAGAGAGGAUGAGAAUAGGCUAGAUGAAGUUGGUUAUGAUGAUGUCGGAGGGGUGAGAAAGCAGAUGGCUCAGAUUAGGGAGCUAGUUGAGCUUCCACUCAGGCAUCCUCAACUUUUCAAAUCCAUUGGUGUGAAGCCUCCAAAAGGGAUUUUACUUUUUGGACCUCCUGGAUCUGGGAAAACACUCAUAGCAAGGGCUGUUGCAAAUGAGACGGGAGCUUUUUUCUUUUGCAUAAAUGGCCCAGAGAUCAUGUCAAAGUUAGCCGGAGAAAGUGAGAGCAACCUUAGGAAAGCUUUUGAAGAAGCUGAGAAGAACGCUCCUUCCAUUAUCUUCAUUGAUGAGAUUGACUCCAUUGCACCAAAACGCGAGAAAACUCAUGGUGAAGUUGAAAGACGCAUUGUUUCUCAACUUUUGACUCUCAUGGAUGGUUUGAAAGCUCGAGCUCAUGUGAUAGUUAUAGGAGCAACAAAUAGACCAAAUAGCAUUGACCCAGCUCUCAGAAGGUUUGGAAGGUUUGAUAGGGAAAUCGAUAUUGGUGUGCCUGAUGAGGUUGGACGUCUUGAGGUUCUCCGCAUUCAUACAAAGAACAUGAAGCUAGCUGAAGAUGUUGACUUGGAAAGAGUUUCUAAAGACACUCAUGGUUACGUUGGAGCUGAUCUUGCUGCUCUUUGCACUGAAGCUGCCCUUCAAUGUAUUCGCGAAAAAAUGGAUAUUAUUGACUUAGAAGAUGAAACAAUUGAUGCUGAGAUUUUGAACUCCAUGGCAGUUACAAAUGAACAUUUCAAGACUGCUCUUGGAACAAGCAAUCCGUCAGCACUUCGGGAAACAGUGGUUGAAGUGCCUAAUGUCAGCUGGGAUGAUAUUGGUGGUCUUACAACUGUAAAGAGGGAAUUGCAAGAGACUGUACAAUAUCCUGUGGAGCAUCCUGAGAAGUUUGAAAAAUUCGGAAUGUCUCCUUCAAAGGGUGUAUUGUUCUAUGGACCUCCUGGUUGUGGGAAGACUUUGUUGGCAAAGGCAAUUGCUAAUGAAUGUCAAGCUAAUUUCAUCAGUAUUAAAGGCCCAGAAUUGCUCACUAUGUGGUUUGGUGAAAGUGAAGCAAAUGUGAGAGAAAUAUUCGAUAAGGCUCGCCAAUCUGCCCCCUGCGUCCUCUUCUUUGAUGAGCUUGAUUCAAUUGCUACACAGAGAGGCAGCAGUGUUGGAGACGCAGGAGGUGCAGCUGAUAGAGUUCUCAACCAGCUCUUGACAGAGAUGGAUGGCAUGUCUGCCAGAAAAACUGUUUUUAUUAUUGGUGCAACAAACAGACCUGACAUCAUAGAUCCAGCUUUGCUUCGUCCCGGCCGGCUCGACCAAUUAAUUUAUAUUCCUUUGCCUGAUGAAGCUUCUCGUCACCAAAUAUUCAAAGCUUGUCUUAGGAAGUCUCCUGUUGCAAAAGAUGUCGACUUGAUGGCUCUAGCCAAGUACACUCAGGGUUUCAGUGGAGCUGAUAUAACAGAAAUCUGCCAGAGAGCCUGCAAGUAUGCCAUCAGAGAAAACAUUGAAAAGGAUAUUGAAAGGGAGAGGAAACCACGAGAGAACCCUGAGGCAAUGGAGGAAGAUGCUGUAGAUGAAGUUGCAGAGAUCAAAGCAGCCCAUUUUGAGGAAUCAAUGAAGUUUGCUCGAAGGAGCGUCAGUGAUGCCGAUAUUCGCAAGUACCAGGCUUUUGCACAGACUUUGCAGCAAUCGAGGGGUUUCGGUAGCGAGUUUCGCUUCCCUCAGCAGUCUGAGGCUGGAACCACAGCUGCUGCUACAGAUCCAUUUGCAACAUCAACAGCUGCAGAUGAUGAUGAUGAUGAUCUAUACAAAUAAAAGCUGCAGAUGAUCUCUUGCAUAUAUAUUAUCGUAAUUCCAAGAUAAAUUAUAUAUGCUUAAUUUCUGUUUAGGAAUCCUUCUCUUGUUUUUUUUUUUCCCCUCAAUAUUGCAAUAUUUCAUGACAGUUGUAUAUAUCUUAAUGAGCAAAUGAUAAAUGAGAUGUUUUUUAUUAAUGA